AUGACCAAGUCAUACAUAGAAAUACUGCUGGUACUUCUUAUACUUCUGCCAUUGGCCCUGGGUGUAUCUCUGCAGAGAAUCACCAGCUCAGAUACAAAACAUGUUCUCCAAGGAUGGGUUCCGAAUGCAUGUACACUGGUGAUAUGUGCCUCUGCUGAGACAGGCCCAACAGAAGACAAGGGAGAACAAGGAAUACCAGCAGCUCAAGAACUAUGGGGUCCAGCAGGAACUCCUGGACCACAAGGAGAUAAAGAACUUGAACUUCUUAAAACACAAAUCAGGGAUUUGCAAACCCAACUGGACACUUUCAAAGAUACCACCAACAAAAUCCAAAGAGUUCUCCUUAACCCCAAUGGUGGGGUUGUUGGUGGGAAAAUAUUCAAAACGGACGGCUCCACCGGUGAUUACGACACUGCAAAGGCCAGCUGCUCACACAUGGGUGGUGCGGUGGCCGUGCCAAGAGAUGCUGCAGAGAACAGUGCCCUCCAGCAAAUGGUGUCCUGGCAUAACAAAAGAGUCGUUCUUGGCAUCCACGACAUGGGGACGGAAGGCAGGUUUGAGUACCUGGAUGGCCAAGUCAUCGGGUACUCAAACUGGGCCCCAGGAGAACCAAACAACGUUGGCAAUGAAGACUGUGUAGAAAUGCAUCCAGACGGCACGUGGCACGACAGGAGUUGCGCCAUUCCGUGGUUGAUCGUUUGCGAAUUUUAA